AGUGUGAUCGAGACAAGAAGGGAGGGGGAGGCCGGGCUCCUGGGUCUGGGAGAAGAAGCGUGUGAGGAAAAAGGCGGGCCUUUACAGCUUGGUUUUUGUUUUUUUGUUGUUUGUUUGUUUUGAGACGGAGUCUCGGUCUGUUGCCCAGGUUGGAGAGCAGUGGCGCGAUCUCGGCUCACUGCAACCUCCGUCUCCCGGGUUCAAACGAUUCUCCUGCCUCAGCCUCCAGAGUAGCUGGGAUUACAGGCGCCCGCCACCACCCCUGGCUAAUUUUUGUAUUUUUAGUAGAUACGUGGUUUCCCCAUGUUGGUCAGGCUGGUCUCGAACUCCUGAUCUCGUGAUCCGCCCGCCUCGGCCUCCCAAAGUGCUGUGAUUACAGGCGUGACCCACCGCGCCUGGCCAGUUGUUUGUUUGUUUGUUUUGUCCGAGACGAAAUUUCGCUCUUGUUGCCCAGGAUGGAGUGCAGUGGUGCGAUCUCGGUUCACUGCAACCUCCGCCUCCCAGGUUCAAGCGAUUCUCCUGCCUCAGCCUCCCGAGUAGCUGGGAUUACAGGCGCGCACCACCACACCCAGCUAAUUUUUUGUAUUUUUAGUAGAGACAGGGUUUCACCAUGUUGGCCAGGCUGGUCUGGAACCCCUGACCUCAGGUGAUCCACCCGCCUGGGCCUCUCAAAGUGCUGGGAUUACAGGCAUGAGCCACCGCGCCUGGCCUUUUACAGCUUGUUUACCCAAAAGUCUUAAUAUGCGCCUACCAUGGUGUGGCCCUGGGAAUGUGGAAGGAGCAAAAAUUGUUCCCUGCCCUCUUAGAGCUUCGGUUGAUGCCUGACAGGCUUUAUCAAAUAAUUACUUCAUUAAUCACAAAUGUGUGACGUGCCUUACUGUAGACAGGCAGAGCGUGCAGGACACGUAUCACAAAGCAACCCUGUAGUCUAGAGUGGGGCGUGUGGGUCAGGGAGGUGGAACGUGAGAGCUGAAGGCUGAGGAGAUGCUGGGCUACUAAGAAGUGAGGAGAGCCAGACGCCAUGGCUCACUCCUGUAAUCCCAGCCUUUUGGGUGGCCCACGCAAAAGGAUCGCUUGAGCCCAGGAGUUUGAGACCAACCUGAGCAACACAGCUGUCUUGAGCCAUGGGCCACCUGGAGCAUGGGCUGGUGUCAUGUCAACAAUGGCCAGGUUGUAGAUUGAUCGCCUUGAGGUAAUCUCUGGAGUUUUGCAGCUGGGUUUCCAUACCUAGUUUGUUUCAAGAUUAGCCCCCGCGGCGAGGCGCUGUGGUUCAUGCCUGUAAUCCCAACAGUUUGGGAGGCCAAGGCCUCGGGAUGUCUCUGGCAGAUGAGCUCUUAGCUGAUCUCGAAGAGGCAGCAGAAGAGGAGGAAGGAGGAAGCUAUGGGGAGGAAGAAGAGGAGCCAGCGAUCGAGGAUGUGCAGGAGGAGACACAGCUGGAUCUUUCCGGGGAUUCGGUCAAGACCAUCGCCAAGCUAUGGGACAGUAAGAUGUUUGCUGAGAUUAUGAUGAAGAUUGAGGAGUAUAUCAGCAAGCAAGCCAAAGCUUCAGAAGUGAUGGGACCAGUGGAGGCAGCGCCUGAAUACCGCGUCAUCGUGGAUGCCAACAACCUGACCGUGGAGAUCGAAAACGAGCUGAACAUCAUCCAUAAGUUCAUCCGGGAUAAGUACUCAAAGAGAUUCCCUGAACUGGAGUCCUUGGUCCCCAAUGCGCUGGAUUACAUCCGCACGGUCAAGGAGCUGGGCAACAGCCUGGACAAGUGCAAGAACAAUGAGAACCUGCAGCAGAUCCUCACCAAUGCCACCAUCAUGGUCGUCAGCGUCACCGCCUCCACCACCCAGGGGCAGCAGCUGUCGGAGGAGGAGCUGGAGCGGCUGGAGGAGGCCUGCGACAUGGCGCUGGAGCUGAACGCCUCCAAGCACCGCAUCUACGAGUACGUGGAGUCCCGGAUGUCCUUCAUCGCGCCCAACCUGUCCAUCAUUAUCGGGGCAUCCACGGCCGCCAAGAUCAUGGGUGUGGCCGGCGGCCUGACCAACCUCUCCAAGAUGCCCGCCUGCAACAUCAUGCUGCUCGGGGCCCAGCGCAAGACGCUGUCGGGCUUCUCGUCUACCUCAGUGCUGCCCCACACCGGCUAUAUCUACCACAGUGACAUCGUGCAGUCCCUGCCCCCGGAUCUUCGGCGGAAAGCGGCCCGGCUGGUGGCCGCCAAGUGCACACUGGCAGCCCGUGUGGACAGUUUCCACGAGAGCACGGAGGGAAAGGUGGGCUACGAACUGAAGGAUGAGAUCGAGCGCAAAUUCGACAAGUGGCAGGAGCCGCCGCCUGUGAAGCAGGUGAAGCCGCUGCCUGCGCCCCUGGAUGGGCAGCGGAAGAAGCGAGGCGGCCGCAGGUACCGCAAGAUGAAGGAGCGGCUGGGGCUGACAGAGAUCCGGAAGCAGGCCAACCGUAUGAGCUUCGGAGAGAUCGAGGAGGACGCCUACCAGGAGGAUCUGGGAUUCAGCCUGGGCCACCUGGGCAAGUCGGGCAGUGGGCGCGUGCGGCAGACGCAGGUAAACGAGGCCACCAAGGCCAGGAUCUCCAAGACGCUGCAGGUAUGGGCCAGACCCAGGUGGGGCUGGGGACCGAGGGACACAAGGUGGGGGGAGUCCAGAUCGCAGCCUCCUUGUCCUCCCCACAGCGGACCCUGCAGAAGCAGAGUGUCGUGUACGGCGGGAAGUCCACCAUCCGCGACCGCUCCUCGGGCACGGCCUCCAGCGUGGCCUUCACCCCACUCCAGGGCUUGGAGAUUGUGAACCCACAGGCGGCAGAGAAGAAGGUGGCUGAGGCCAACCAGAAGUAUUUCUCCAGCAUGGCUGAGUUCCUCAAGGUCAAGGGCGAGAAGAGUGGCCUCAUGUCCACCUGAAUGACUGCAUGCGUCCAAGGUGGCUUCCCACUGAAGGGACACAGAGGUCUAGUCCUUCUGAAGGGCUGGGAUCGGGUUCUGGCAGUGAGAACCUGCCCUGCCACCGGCCCCAGUGCUGGGACUGCCCAGGGAGGAGGCCUUGGAAGAGAUGGGCCCAGCCUCCCCCAGGACCGAGAUCACUGCCCAGUAUGGGCUAGAGCAGGUCUUCAUCAUGCCUUGUCUUUUUUAUUUUAACUGAGAAAGGAGAUACUUUUUUGAAGAGUACAAUUAAAAGGACAUUAUCAAGGUC